AUGGGUUUGAGCACAGUUAUUUGUAUUGGUAUGGCUGGAUCUGGUAAGACCACGUUUAUGCAGAGAUUAAACUCUCAUUUACGUGCUUCGCCAGACCAUAAGAACCCUUAUGUCAUCAAUCUAGAUCCUGCCGUUUUGAAAGUUCCUUACGGUGCCAAUAUUGAUAUUCGUGACUCAAUCAAAUACAAAAAAGUUAUGGAAAACUAUCGUUUAGGCCCCAACGGGGCUAUUGUGACCAGUCUUAACUUAUUUGCCACUAAGAUAGACCAAGUUAUUGGUUUGGUGGAAAAGAAAAACGAUGCGUAUGAUCAUUGCAUCGUCGAUACACCUGGCCAAAUUGAAUGUUUUGUCUGGUCUGCAUCUGGUUCUAUCAUUACAGAAUCAUUUGCUUCCACAUUCCCAACUGUGAUAGCAUACAUUGUUGAUACUCCAAGAAACUCCUCACCAACCACAUUCAUGAGCAAUAUGUUAUAUGCAUGUUCCAUUCUGUAUAAAACCAAGUUACCUAUGAUUAUCGUUUUCAAUAAGACUGAUGUAAAGAAGGCAGAUUUUGCAUUUGAAUGGAUGAAGGAUUUCGAGUCGUUCCAAGAAGCUAUAAGAAAUGAUCAAGAAUUGAAUGGCGAUUUGGGUAUGGGUUCGGGUUACAUGAGUUCACUAAUCAAUUCUAUGUCAUUAAUGUUAGAAGAAUUUUAUUCGCAACUUGAUAUGUGUGGUGUUUCUAGUUUUACAGGUGAUGGGUUUGACGAAUUCUUAGACAUUAUUGACAAGAAAGUUGAUGAAUACAAUGACUUUUAUAAGAUUGAAAGAGAAAGAAUAAUCAAAGAAAAAGAAUUAAAGGAGCAAGCAAGGAAGGACCAAUCAUUGAAUGGCUUAAUGAAGGAUUUGGGCUUGGAAGAUAAGAAGGCUAAUAAUGGAAACACUGACGACAGUGCCGAUGUCGUUAGUGAUUUAGAAGAAGGCGAAAAUGACGGUUUAGUUGAUAGAGACGAAGACGAAGGAAUUGAAAGAGAAUACACGUUUCCUGGCGAAGAUAGGUUGGAAGGAGAGGUCAAUGAUAGAACUGCACCAGAUUUACAGAAGAAAUAUCAAGAAGCUUUCGAGCAAACAAGCAAGCAAGCUAGUAGUGAAACUGCAGAGAAUAUUGCACGUUAUAUAAGGCAGUAA